ACCCCCACAACGGCCUUGUCCGCCAUUGGGAUCAGGUAGCGUGAACCCUUUUCAUUUUUCGCUGGUGAUUCAGCACCCUGAGUAUCAGCUACGCUGAUGAGGGGAGAGCCGGACCGCAACGGACGGACACGUGUCGUAAUGACCUCCACGAAACGUGCACCUCGGACAGCAGGAGACCACGUCAUCGGCUCUGGCGCCAGGUGAGAGGCGCCGCGCCGCGCCGCUUGGGUGGCGUUAAUGCGUACUUCCCUUAAGCCACGUGCGACACUUCCCCCCGGGGUUAGGACACGUGUCCUCCCCGGCUCCGGCGCCGCUCCUUACCUUACACGUAGGGGCAUUUUGGACAUCACAAACACUCCUGGGGAACAUGACCCUCUGGCUUCCCCUCUCUGCCGCCCGUGUCUUUCUCUCUCAUGUUUGAUGGCGUCGCUUCGAGUCGUACACGAGACUUCAUCUUCGUGUACCCUCUCUAAUAUAUAUGAUUCUGAGCUCCAGGGGGUUCAAAGAUCUCUGUUUCGUGUUCUUUUCUCUGUUUUCUCCUCGUCCCAUAUCUUCUCUGCUUGUCCUCCUAUUUACCUCUGAACUUCGAGUCGUAGCCGACACCACCUUACGGGUUUGAAAUUAAUAGAUAAAAAAGAUCAAAACUGUGAGAAAAAAAGAUCGCUUUUUGAUCGGAAAUCGGUGUCUUUUGUUCCGCGGUUUAUAUCUGAUCUUAUGAUGGAAGUAGAGUUGGUGAAAGGGGAGGCGGAGCUGGAACGUCAGUCGUCGGUUAUCGAGAGUUCUCCGAGGGAUUUGCUUCGUAGAUUGUCUGGAAACAACUGCUUCAAUGAGCAGCGGGAGGUUCCGAGCGGGGAGUCUGAUGAGGUCGAGCUCAAUCUCAACCUCGGCCUCUCCCUCGGCGGAUGCUUGGGGGUGGAUCCGAGGGGGAAGAAGCUGAUUCGGUCAUCGUCGAUCGCGUCCUUCUCGUCGCUGCCGAGGGAGCACGAGUUCUCUCCGGGAACCCCGACCAUGGUGAGGACGAGCUCGUUGCCGACGGAGACGGAGGAGAAGAGGAGGAAGAUGAAGGAGUUGCAGGGCUUGAGACGGUUGGAAGCGAAGAGGAAGAGAUUGGAGAAGAGGAAGUCGAUCAAAUCAUGUAAUCCGAAAUCAGAUGUGGGUAUGGACGGAGGAAAGAGUUUGGCGCACCCCUGCACAGUCAACGGCCGCCUCAGCCUUCCGAUCGGUAGCCAGUUCAGUGGGCUGUUCAGUGUAGCCACUCCUCCAGCCCUACGGCCGUGGACGUCAGGGACUAAGAUCACCGCAGCACAGGGGUCCGAGCUCGAGAACCAGACGCCUGCUCGAGGGUUGUUCAACCUGCCUGCUUUUAGCAGUUUCAAUGACACGGCAACUGUGCAAUCAGUUUCUGCUCACAAGACUGCAAUUGCCCCUCUCGUGUCAGGAGCUCGGAUAACCAUUACUCCCAUUGGCGGAGAAGAAGACCCUUUGAAGAAGAAGAAGAAGGUAAGAUUAACCAGGGAUGCAAGUCUGGGGAGGAACAUGAUAGGGGAGAUGCCAUGUGUGUCCACCAGGGGAGAUGGCCCAAACGGGAGGAGGAUCGAGGGCUUCCUCUACAAAUACAAAAAGGGAGAAGAGGUAAGAAUAGUAUGUGUCUGCCAUGGCAGCUUCCUAACCCCAGCUGAGUUUGUUAAGCACGCAGGAGGUGGUGAUGUAACCCACCCUCUGAGGCAUAUCGUCGUCAAUCCCAUGCCAUCAGCCUUAAUGAGUUUAAGAUGAUUUACCUAUGAAAGAUGGAUGAAUGUUACUUGCAGGUACUUUUGAA